AUGCCAAAACGCAAGAACAAACUCAAUCGAGCCGAUCGCUUAAGACGGGAUACUGCAUAUAUCGAACCACAUAAGGGCUUGGAAAUUGUAGAAGGAUCUUUCCUAGUCAUAACGAUCAACAACGAUUGGCAAGUGCAUACUCAGCGCAGAGGUAAUAAGCCCUUCUUAGUACGACUCCCCGAAUAUCUACGAUAUACCAGGAGAAUCCGUAUCGAGAUUUUAUGCCGGGAUCCGGACGACAGACGAGCCCGUGAUGAUACCGCUCGAAAGACCGAAUUAUUGACCAAUAUAAGGGAAUUAUUGAAUAGAUCUAACAAGAUCGAUAAGGGACCAAACACAAUCGAAGUGAAGCACAAUUCCAAACUGGAAAGAGAGAUUACCACUCAUCCAUGGUUGCGUUUCAAGGAUGGAAGGCUUUUAUCCAUCAAAAUCGACCACACCAAGAAGUGCAGACUACGCAAGGAAAUCAAGUAUGUGGAUGAGCGCGAGGAAUUGAAGGAAUCAUUUUUCAACAUUCUCCCUCUCUUGUUGAGCCAAGCAGCCGAAAUCCGUAUCAAAAUCACACCAUUGAAGCGCAAAUACUUGUUGGCACGCAUGCUUAAUGAUCGCAAGAGGUUGAUUGACAAAAUGGUUCUACUCAUCAAUAGAUAUCGAAAAUUCAAGAAGGUCGAGGUUUUCUUCCGGGCUGAUGAACGUAGAUCUGACUACCUAAAUUUUGCAAUUCGUUUCCUUGGCUUGAAGCCGGCUUGGGGACUGUUUGUCGGUCUUGAUAAGGAGAAUCUAGAAGAAAUCCCAUUUGGCUUGCUUGUUGAGCGCAGAAUUCAGGACCUUCGUGAACACUCCAAUUUCGGCACUUCACCAGAGCUUAACCGGCUCACAGAUCUUUGCGGCGAGAUGAUCAUGGCUGUCAUCCACGAGCUAUCUCCCGCCUCUGCUAAUUCUCUGCGUGCUUGCAGUAGAUUACUGGAAAGCAUAAUUGAUCCACCAGAGCUUUGA